AUGAAGAUCAAGUCACUGCAGGAGAUCCAUCUGUUUUCCCUGCCCAUCCGGGAGUCUGAGAUUACUGACUUCUUGGGGGCGUCCCUUGAGGAUGAGGUUUUGAAGAUCGUGCCAGUGUGGAAGCAAGCUCGCGCUGGCCAGCGGACCAGGUUCAAGGCUUUCGUCGCUGUUGUGGACUACAAAGAUCAUGUCUGCCUGGGUGUUCAGUGCUCCGGGGAGGUAGCCACUGCCAUUCGAGGGCCCAUCAUCUUGGUCAAGCUCUCCAUCGUGCCUGUCUGGAGAGGCUACUGGGGGAACAAGAUGGGCAAGCCCCACACAGUCCCCUUUGAGGUGACAGGCCGCUGCGGCUCUGUGCUGGUGCACCUCGUCCCCGUCCCCAAGGGCACUGGCAUUGUCUCUGUCACUGUGCCCAAGAAGCUGCUGCUUAUGGCUGGUACUAAUGACUGCUCCACUUCAGCCAGGGGCUGCACGGCCACCCUGGGCAACUUUGCUAAGGCCACCUUUGAGGCCAUCUCUGCAACCUACAGUCAUCUGACCCCCGACCUCAGGAAAGAGACUGUUCACCAGGACUCCCUAUCAGGAAUUCACUGA